AGACGACCGUCUACACUUUGAUUAAAAUACUCAGUCUGUUGACACUUCGUUAGCUGUAACGUUGUCAUCCAAUCGAGAACUUGGUUGUCAGUUGUGACACCGGCACAGAUUGUCAGAGGACUGAACAUUUUAAUCGAAAUAUAGUCGAUAGUAGCGCUCUUGGUGGAUGCGGGUGUCGUUUGAUCUCCCACUCUCUGAACAUAGGUCCCAUGUCAUGGGGAGGUCAUGGGAGUGAUCGCUUUAUGCAUUGGGUGAUGUCCGGGUAGUCUGUGUUUUAGGGUGUAACUCGGGUUAAUUUUAUGAUGGCAAGUUUGGCUUUUAACAUUGAACCAUUAUGAUUUAAUAUAAUGUUGGAAAUAAUGGUGCUGAUAGAAUUUCCUUCGAGUCAGGGGUGUAUAUAGGUGUUUGGAACCUAUUUACUUUAAUAAAUUGAACCGAUAGUUUAGAAUAAAACUCAAACCUUUGUUUUGUUGCAGAACUUAAUAUUAUUACACUCUGCGUUUUGGGGGGCGUGAUAAACGUUUUAAAAAAUGUAAUUGAAAACAUAAUUUCUUGAUGCUGUUUUCUGUGAAGUUAUAUUUUUGUUGCAGUUUUAAAUUUGGGAAACCAGAUCUUGACCACAGAAUGGCAUCUGAUGGAGAACUCAAAGUGACCAGUCCUGUUGAGAGCAUUGAAGCACUGACAAAAGAGGCAGAAAGUUUGAAGGCCAAACUAGAAGAGGAGAGGCAAAAACUUAAUGAUGUAGCUUUAUCAACAGUAGCUGACCGCCUGGAAGUCAUCACUUAUUUGAACAUAAAGCCUCGGAGGGUUCUCAAGGGACAUCAAGCAAAAGUAUUAUGUUCUGACUGGUCACCUGAUAAACGACAUAUUGUUUCUUCUUCACAGGAUGGCAAAAUGAUUAUUUGGGAUGCUUUUACUACUAACAAAGAACAUGCUGUUACAAUGCCAACCACUUGGGUCAUGGCGUGUGCUUAUGCUCCCUCUGGAAAUCUUGUUGCUUGUGGAGGCCUUGACAACAAAGUGACUGUGUAUCCACUCAGUUUGGAGGAAGAUGUGUCAACCAAGAAGAAAACAGUUGGCACUCACACAAGCUAUAUGUCUUGCUGUACAUUUCCAAACUCAGAUCAACAGAUACUGACAGGGAGCGGUGACUCCACAUGCGCUCUUUGGGAUGUGGAAUCUGGACAACUUCUGCAGAACUUCCAUGGUCAUGCGGGAGAUGUAAUGGCUCUAGACUUAGCUCCUUCUGAAACAGGAAACACCUUUGUGUCUGGGAGCUGCGAUCGUAUGGUGCUGAUUUGGGAUAUGAGAACUGGGCAAUGUGUCCAGUCAUUUGAAGGUCAUCAGUCAGAUAUCAAUAGUGUCAAGUUUCAUCCCAGUGGUGAUGCUGUUGCUACAGGAUCAGAUGAUUCUACUUGUCGCCUCUUUGAUUUGAGAGCUGAUAAAGAAGUUGCCAUCUACAGCAAGGAAAGUAUUAUAUUUGGUGUUAACUCCGUUGAUUUUUCUGUGAGUGGGAGAUUACUAUUUGCUGGUUAUAAUGACUACACAGUUAAUGUAUGGGACUCUCUAAAAUGUGUACGUGUGACUCUACUGUAUGGCCACGAGAACAGAGUCUCGUGCUUACAGGUUUCUCCUGAUGGAACAGCUUUGUCCACAGGUAGUUGGGACUAUACAUUACGGGUAAGUUUGCUCUGAAGGCCAGUAUAAGAGCUGUUUCUGUGAUUACAGACCCUCUCUAUUCACAAAUCCGCAACAAAAUCAAUUGACUCCAACUAAUUCUGGAACUAUGUAUUGAUGUAUUCUUUCAGAGUCCAACCUUGGUUCGGGUCUUUCAAUUUCUAGUGCUUAUUGAUAGCCACUCAGUUUCAUAUUGAAACUAAAUAUUUAAUUGUUCUUUCACUAUUGACUGACAUCAUGGUUUCAUAUUGACCUCACUCUAAUUUUGAAGUUGGAUAUUCUGCAGUUUUUGCAAAUGAGAACAUGAGUAUGUUGUCUAUUACAAAAUCACAUUUCCCUUUUUUGUGCAAAGCUUUAUUGAUUUUCAUAUAGUUUUUGGCAAGGAUACAAACUGAAACAUUUGUUGGGACCAGAAUGGCACCAGUACCAUUGCAGUUAUGCAACUAUUUUGAAAUGGGGUUUUCAAAAGUAGUGCCCAGGAGUCUAGUUG